CAUGUGACCAGAGCCAGUUAAAAACCGUUGGGAUGAUGCUGAUGUCACUCUAACGGUUUAUCCCUUUGGAGAUUGAUGUGAGCUGGUGAAUCUCAGAUUUCAUACAGUGAGCGAGGAUUACAGAUUGAGCGAGGAUUUCACAGGACUUCAAAGACCAACUAGACAAGAAGAAAUGGCAAGAAUCCAACAGUGGAUAACGCUCUCUUCUCAGCCUGCCCGGACAGGGAAGAGAAAGCACAACGAGGAAGACGACGAGCGACCUUCUGUGAGUGUGAAGAGGCCUGCAAGAGCUUCAACUUCCAACGAGAAGUUCUACCAACUGCUGGAGGACAAUUGGAUCAGAAGAGCGUUGGAGAUGGACUCCUGUUUUAAGCUCUCUGACAAGUACCUCCUAGCCAUGGUCCGGAUCUAUUUCCAGCGUGCCGGAUUACAGGAGCAGGACUACACUACAAUCAAUUUUUUUGCAGCUUUGCUACUUGCAAAUGAGAUGGAGGACGAAACAGACUUUUGGAGGCUGAUUUACACCUGGGCCCUUGGGAAAACUUGGCGUGAACAAUCUGCCAUGUUCAGGAGUCUGCGCAAUGAGCUGUGGUCCAGGAUGAACUUCCAAGCCUGGGUUAGCAGAGAAUCCUGUGAGGAGGCAAUGACUGAUAACCCGACCCACUGGGCCUGGAGAAGAGAACGACAGCCACACCAUGGAUUGGCUUGGAAAUGGCACAGAGAACCACCUGAUUACUUCUACUUUAAGGUUCCAGACAGCCCAUCAGUUUGCUCAUUGUGCCAGCAGAGGGCAGCUGUCUCCCAAGAGGCUGAGCAACCAAAGAUGCCUCUAAAGAUCAGAAUGAAGAAGGCCUGGAAAAAGGAAUAAGUAUUUCCCAAGUUUUUUUUUUUUUGCAGCACCUCCUAUACCCU